GAAGGCAGAAUGAAAGCAAAUGACCCCAGCACGGAAGCCAAUGAGUAUACAUAAAGCACGGGAGGCCCUGCUAAGAAAAAGCACCAAGACAAAGGAAUAUCAGGCCUGGUCACUGCUAAUAGUCUGGAGGAACUUCUUAGAUGCCUUUUGAACAGGGUGACCCUUUCUUACUCCACACAACAUGUUUUCUCAGCUCCUGACUUCCGCUGUGGUUUGUCAGCACUCUCUUUUUAGCCUAAGAAUAGUUAGCAAACAAGGGAGGUUGUCAUUUCCUCAUCGUCAAGCUUUGUUCCUCGUGGGGGCUAGAAAUCUCUUUCCAGUUCCAGAUUGUGAAGGGUUCCUGAAUAAGCAGCUUGUCUCCAUCCCCCUCUCUAGGGGCUCUUGGAUGGACCUUGCACUCUAGAAGGGACAAUGGACUUCUGGCUUUGGCCACUUUACUUCCUGCCAGUAUCGGGGGCCCUGAGGAUCCUCCCAGAAGUAAAGGUAGAGGGGGAGCUGGGCGGAUCAGUUACCAUCAAGUGCCCACUUCCUGAAAUGCAUGUGAGGAUAUAUCUGUGCCGGGAGAUGGCUGGAUCUGGAACAUGUGGUACCGUGGUAUCCACCACCAACUUCAUCAAGGCAGAAUACAAGGGCCGAGUUACUCUGAAGCAAUACCCACACAAGAAUCUGUUCCUAGUGGAGGUAACACAGCUGACCGAAAGUGACAGCGGAGUCUAUGCCUGCGGAGCGGGCAUGAACACAGACCGGGGAAAGACCCAGAAAGUCACCCUGAAUGUCCACAGUGAAUACGAGCCAUCAUGGGAAGAGCAGCCAAUGCCUGAGACUCCAAAAUGGUUUCAUCUGCCCUAUUUGUUCCAGAUGCCUGCAUAUGCCAGUUCUUCCAAAUUUGUAACCAGAGUUACCACACCAGCUCAAAGGGGCAAGGUCCCUCCAGUUCACCACUCCUCCCCCACCACCCAAAUCACCCACCGCCCUCGAGUGUCCAGAGCAUCUUCAGUAGCAGGUGACAAGCCCCGAACCUUCCUGCCAUCCACUACAGCCUCAAAAAUCUCAGCUCUGGAGGGGCUGCUCAAGCCCCAGACGCCCAGCUACAACCACCACACCAGGCUGCACAGGCAGAGAGCACUGGACUAUGGCUCACAGUCUGGGAGGGAAGGCCAAGGAUUUCACAUCCUGAUCCCGACCAUCCUGGGCCUUUUCCUGCUGGCACUUCUGGGGCUGGUGGUGAAAAGGGCUGUUGAAAGGAGGAAAGCCCUCUCCAGGCGGGCCCGCCGACUGGCCGUGAGGAUGCGCGCCCUGGAGAGCUCCCAGAGGCCCCGCGGGUCGCCGCGACCGCGCUCCCAAAACAACAUCUACAGCGCCUGCCCGCGGCGCGCUCGUGGAGCGGACGCUGCAGGUGUCUGAAUCUCCCUGGCUCCAUGCCCCAUCUCUGAAGACCAGCUGUGAAUACGUGAGCCUCUACCACCAGCCUGCCGCCAUGAUGGAGGACAGUGAUUCAGAUGACUACAUCAAUGUUCCUGCCUGACAACUCCCCAGCUAUCCCCCAACCCCAGGCUCGGACUGUGGUGCCAAGGAGUCUCAUCUAUCUGCUGAUGUCCAAUACCUGCUUCAUGUGUUCUCAGAGCCCUCAUCACUUCCCAUGCCCCAUCUCGACUCCCAUCCCCAUCUAUCUGUGCCCUGAGCAUGGCUCUGCGCCCAGGUCCUCUUGCACACCUUGGCAGCCCCCUGUAGUUGACAGGUAAGCUGUAGGCAUGUACAGCAAUUGUCCCAAUGCCACUUGCUUCCUUUCCAAGCCGUCGAACAGACUGUGGGAUUUGCAGAGUGUUUCUUCCAUAUCUUUGACCACAGGGUUGUUGCUGCCCAGGCUCUAGAUCACAUGGCAUCAGGCUGGGGCAGAGGCAUAGCUGUUGUCUCGGGCAUCCUUCCCAGGGUUGGGUCUUACACAAAUAGAAGGCUCUUGCUCUGAGUUAUGUGACAUGCCUCAGCCCCAUGGACUAAGCAGGGGUCUGGUAUAAAAACACUCCUGGAAACGCCUUUGCCCUGAUCCAAAUGUUAGCACUUGCUAGUGAACGUCUACUUAUCUCAAGUUCUAUGCUAAAGGCAAUUUAUCUUGAUGUGAUGAUAAACCAAACUUAUUAGCAAGAUAUGCAUAUAUAUCCAUAAAUUCUCUUUACUCUGUCUCCAUCACUUGAUGCACAUAAGUGCCCUGACCUCAGCAUCUCCCCUCUAAAAAAAAAAAAAAAAAAGUAUCUCUUUAUCUUUCUUCCAUAGCCUGACACUGAUAUUUGUGCACUUACCUUAACUUUGGUCUAUUUUAUUCAUCCAAAACCAUUGCAUUUCUUGGUUUUCACAAAUGUUCCCCAUUUCUUAGCCAGUUCCAGACAAUGUAUAGCAAGCAGGGGAAGGACAGCAGUCAGGAGUUCCUGGGUGGCCACGGCUCUGCAAUAGCACUUAUGUCAUGGAAGUGAUAUCCCACCUCCUACAUAUACUCUUUGCCUAGGUUUUUGGAACAAGGUUAUAGUCAGACACUGUAUCUUUAGAUUGAUGUCGACCACAAAGUUCAGCCAGAGCUUGAGGCUAGAUGCACAGCCUUGCUAUUGGGAAGAAGGCCUUUUCUAGCUGUACAACACAGUCUCACUGGGCAUUCAUCCAGAAAUAGAGAAGAAAGUCUGCCA